CCAUUUAUUUAUUUAUGCAUUUUAUAUACUUUGGUGAGGAUUCGCCAUCUUUGUCAAGGGCUGCUUAGCCAAACCACAGCACUGACUGACUGCUCACCGUUGUCAUUGGCUUCUUCCUCCUUGCGAUCCGCCGCUUCGUGCCGGCCUUGAAUGUAGCUGCUGUGACGUGUCAAGCAACUUGCGCGAGCUUCUUCCCCGCCCUGUCUCCUACCACAUGGCAGGCAGUCAGGAAAGGGGCGGGGAGGAGGAGAAGGAGGAAGAUGUGUGAGUGAGGCGCUAGAUAUAUUGGGAAUGUCACUAUGCCUUGAGCUACAGAGUUGCACUUACGAAAAGCUGUCGUUUCCUCCUUCUCCACUCUCCCUCCCCAUACUCCAACUACAGCCCGAGCCCUUCAGCUUGCUUCCUUUAUUUUGAGGGGAACUGAGACCCCCUGCUCGUGGAUAUGGCUGCCUAUAGCCCGUGGAGGAUUGCUGCUGGUCUCCUGGCCAACCUGCUGUCAUCUAUCUGCAUUGUGUUUGUAAACAAGUGGAUUUAUGUGCAUUAUGGAUUUCCCAACAUGAGCCUGACGCUGGUGCACUUCCUGGUAACCUGGCUUGGACUGUACAUGUGCCAAAGACUGCGGCUCUUCUGCCCAAAGAGUCUGUCUGCUUCCAAAGUGGCCCUGCUAGCACUUAGCUUCUGCGGCUUUGUCGUAUUCACUAACUUGUCGCUUCAGAACAACACCAUAGGUACUUACCAGCUGGCCAAGGUCAUGACCACUCCAGUCAUCAUUCUCAUCCAAACAAUGUGCUAUGGGAAGACUUUCUCCUUAAGGAUUAAGCUCACGUUGAUACCAAUUACAUUGGGAGUGUUCCUGAACUCUUACUAUGAUGUGAAGUUUAAUGCUCUGGGAAUUCUAUUUGCUGCUCUUGGUGUUUUGGUGACAUCAGUAUAUCAAGUGUGGGUUGGAUCGAAGCAGCAUGAGUUACAAGUGAAUUCCAUGCAACUGCUUUACUACCAGGCCCCUUUGUCAUCUGCUAUGCUGCUGGGUAUCGUUCCCAUAUUUGAACCAGUUUUUGGAGAAGGGGGCAUUUUUGGACCUUGGUCGCCUUCUGCUAUAGCCAUGGUACUCCUCUCUGGUGUAAUUGCCUUUACGGUAAAUUUAUCCAUCUACUGGAUUAUAGGAAACACUUCACCUGUCACGUACAAUAUGUUUGGACAUUUCAAAUUUUGCAUUACUCUUUUGGGAGGAUACCUACUAUUUCAGGACCCCCUUUCUCUGAACCAGGGCUUUGGAAUUCUCUGCACGCUUUUGGGAAUUUUAGCUUAUACCCACUUCAAAAUCAAUGAACAGGAAGUGUUUAAAAAGAUGUUCCAUGUGGCCUUGAAGCACAGACUGAAGCUUGUCCUUUCCCUGAGGAAACUACUAGAAUUUGUCAGUACAACAUACAAGGGUGCAGUCUCUUUUACCCCCCUACAGGAAGAUCGUUUCAGUGAAAAUUGUAUUGAAUAUUCAAUAAUAUAAAGACCACACAAAUAUUUAUUGAAUAUACAAUUUCUCCAAGUGGAACCUGCAGAAGAAAUACACAUUUGCAUACAAGUGGUUUGCUUUAAUCCGCUUUAUAAACUUCCACCAAAUGUAUUUCCUCAGGUGUAAGGUAAUUUUGUUUGUGUUCUAUCCAUGUUCUAUCUAUAUCAUGCACUGCCUGUGAUGAAUGGAAUGACUCCAACCUACUAUACAGCAAAUAAUGGUUAUUUAUAUAUUAUAUACAGUAUAUUACAUUGUAGGUGAGAUUGAAAAAAAAGAUAGGAUUCCACUUUUUAUCAUUAAAACCUGCCAAACUUAGAGGAAGGCACCCCCAAGUUCUAGGCAGAUGACACACAGAAAUGCUUUAAAAGGUGACCUGUCACAUUAAAACAUGUAUAAUAAAAAUCCCUUUUAUAAUUAAAUAUCCAUAGUUUUUAUACAUUAUUGCCUUGAGCAUCUGCACAAUCACUACACAUUCUGCAUUCCACCUCCCUCCUUGCUGUCUAUAACCCCCACAUCAUUUCCUACUUUUUGGCACAUACACAAGAUUUAGGGAUGAUGCAAAGCUUGCAAGUAACUCCACCUUUAAAGUGUUACUCUUAUUUAGCAUUCACCACCACCAAGGGGUUACAAAACUUUCCUUUAAAGACCUUGUUUAGAUGGGUACUCACAAACACAUAUUGUCAACUUGCAUGUAAAAAAAAUCAUGAAGUACGUCUCCUGGUAAAAGCUGUAAGAUGACAUGCAGCAGCAGAUAGUGUAAAAUACCUUUUUAUUUUUUAAAAAGUAAAAUGUUAAAAUGCACUUACAUGGUGUUUGUUAUAAAAAAGCAUAUCUAUGCCCCGUCCUGCUGGAAGCUCCCCCUUGAAAUGUCCGCGCAGAGUCCCAAAAGGCGAGCCUUUUUUUAGGGAGUUGUAAACUUAGCUUAUAUCGUCCUUUCCUCGUGUGUGGUAUGGGGUGCCUUCCAGUGACGUUACUUGCCUUACAUGUUUCGUCCUGCGACUUCCUCAGAGGCUUAAUUCUACUGCGCAUGUCUCCUGGCAACACUUCCGCAAAUCCUACAUUCAUUUCCAUGGGGAAGCGUACUUCUCUGUCUCUUAUGUUUAGCUCCUCCUACUACUGCGACCCAACUCUCCACAGAGUCCUAGGUCCUACAAAUGUUCUACUUCAACUUCUGAUCCCCAUUUACAACAUUUUUCACAAAUACAGUGCUAUUAUUAAUUCGAUUUUAAACUCACAUAUUUACACAACAUUGGUCGAUACUAAACGGUUAUAAAGGAUCUCUUACAUAAAAAAAUGUUUAUAAAGGAUCUCCUAUAUAGAAAAAGGGGGUCUCCUAUACAAAAAAAAUGUCCUAUAUAGAAGAAGGGGGAGGCACCUAUAGAAACAUUUUUCUUUGGAACAAAACUUUCAGAUGAAAUACUCUACAUUAACACCACCUUAUAGACAUAUCUCUAUGUUAUCCAAUAAGUUAAUGUUUUUCACUUUUCCUGUUUCCCCUUCAUCUGACCCAAGAGUAGACGACUCAUAGGAAUGCUCUUAGGUUUAUAUCUAUAUUUAUCCAAUUGGGUACAGAUGAUUCCAUUUUAUGUAUCCAUUUACUCUAUACCUGACUUUUGGACUGCAUAAGGGAUCCCCUUUAAGGAAGUGUAAAAGGGGUGUUUUUUUGUUUAUUUGUCUCCAAUUAACAAAAUAUAUACCAAAAAUAUAUACCAAAAUUCCUGACGUGGAGGCAAGUUUUAGAUGCAUAAAAACCAAGUGUCCUGCCAAAUAGAUCCUCCAGUAGGCUGCCAGCCCAUUUAGAGGCUACUAAAUAGCCAAUCAUAUCCUUUAGUUAGCACCCCCCAACAACAUUUUUCAUGCUUCUGUAGCUCACUAACUCUUUUUUAUUUAACUGUGGCUCAUGGGUAAAAAAGGUUAGGGAUCUCUGUUCUACGGUAAGAUCUGCCUUCCACCAUAUCUAACUCUUAAUGCUUCAUGUCCUUAACCAAAAGUUGUUUUCAGGUAGUUUCACCAGAAAUAAAGAUUUUUGUUUUUAAAAUGUU